AAAUUGAUUUUUCAAGGUUUACCGCUCAAAUAUCUUCGAUGUUCGACCUUUUGAAAUUUUCGUUGGAAAUUGAAUCUUCAACCGAAAAUUUCCGCUUGCAGCUAUGGCAAGCGAAGCCGCCCACGACAAUCCCGACGAAUGGGAGCUCAUAAACGACGACGGCUUCGUCUACAAGCGCAAGAAGCGCCCCCGCCUCGAACCCUCCGCCGCCGCCCCUCCGCCGGCGGAUCCGGCGGCGGAGCGGAAGCACCGACUCGAGCGGCGGAAGAGGGCCUUGCUGAAGUUGAAAGAGAGGUACCUGGAAGAGAUUGGCCGGUGGGAACUUUUGUCGAACACGUUGACUGCAAUGGAGCAGAAUGCUACGAAACAGUCGAUGGAGCUUCCCACGACUUCUUCUGAUGGGGCUUCUAGCUCCGGCGACAUUUCGGCGGCGGAUUCAUCUCGCCGGAGACUCGUCGGUGACCUUCUCGCUCAGGUUGAAGCACAGGAGGCUAUAAUUAGGGAUGUAUCGAGUUUGUGCGAUAUAGCUGAAGGGCUGUGCAGUGCACAGGAGGGGAGAUUCAAGCAGAAGCUAAUAGACCUACCGAUUUGGGAUCCGUUACCGGACGAGCUCAUGAAAGCAUUAGGUGAUGGAUGAAUUGAGCAAUUCGCAUCUGUUAGCUAUAGGUAAGUGGAAUAAUUUGAUUAAUUUUGUGAUUGAAAUCAUGAAAAAGUAGAAAUUAGGGGAAAAUGUAGAAUGGGUGGAGAUGUUCAACUUGUAAUCUUGUGUAAAUUGAGUAGGAGGGCGGUGAGAUUUGUUUUGAAUCAGUUGAGUUGUAGAGUUGCUUCUUAUCUGUAUAAACUAGGAUUUGUUAUGGCGGGCUCGUUGAUGUUUGAGCAAGAAUGGUGUGAAAAUUAUGGAUGGGUUCUGGUUCUUGGCAUUUCUUGAUGUCUCUAGAUCCGGAUACUGUGGCGUGGUGGUGGUCUUGCUGAGUUCUUGCUUCAUAGCUGUAUAAACUAGGAUCCGUGGUGGCAGGCUUGUUGAUGUAGUUGAUCUUUGAGCAAGAAGGAUGUGAAAAUGAUGGAUGAGUUAUGAUUCUUGGCAAUUUUUUAUGUCUUUGGAUCUGGAUAUGGUGGCGUGGUGGUGGUAGUCCGGUGGAGGAGGAUUAGAGUGUUCACACGAAGCUCGUCUGCCACUUUGUUGAUGUAGUUAGUCUUUGAGCAAGAAGAAUGUGAAAAUGAUGGAUGACAUUUCUGGUUCUUGCCAUUUCUUGACAACUCUCGAGCCAGAUAGGGUGGCGUGGUGGUGGUGGUGGUCCGGUGGAGGUUUAGGGUGUUCAUACGAAACUCGUGUGCCACCUUGUGAUGUGGUUGAUGGUCUUUGAGCAAGAAGAAUAUGUUGCAAACAUUUCUGGUUUUUGGCAUUUCUUUAUGUCUCUUGGGCUGGAUAAGGUGGCGCGGUGGUGGCACGGUGGAGGAUUAGGGUAUUCAUUAGAAGCUUGUAGUUUGUUUCUAGAUAAUGAUGGCUAGAUGUGGAAUUUGUAAGAUGAAACAAGGCAGCAAUUAUCCAAUCUUGAUGUGAUUUCUUUUGGAGAAAUUUGUUGUUCAUGUUGGGGUGUUGUGUGAUGUGAUCAGCCUAUUUGUGUUGUGUGUUUCUAAUUGUGAAGAUAUGGUCUUUAAGACCAGCUACAUGUCCAAUUAAUUUGUGUAUCGUUAUGGAUAUCUAUUGAAUCUAUUAAAACUUUCAAUUUGUUGGCUA